GUACGAGGUGAUGCAGUUCUGCUGGCUGCAGCCUGAACAGCGGCCCACGGCCGAGGAGGUGCACCUGCUGCUGUCCUACCUCUGUGCCAAGGGCGCCACUGAGGCGGAGGAAGAAUUUGAGCGGCGCUGGCGCUCGCUGCGGCCGGGCGGGGGUGGCGCAGGCCCUGGGCUGGCAGGCCUGGCUCUGGGGGGCGCGGGCGAGCUGGCCUCCGCCUCGUCCUUCCCGCUGCUGGAGCAGUUCGCAGGCGACGGCUUCCACGCGGACGGGGACGACGUGCUGACGGUGACCGAGACGAGUCGCGGCCUCAACUUCGAGUACAAGUGGGAAGCGGGCCGCGGCGCCGAGGCCUUCCCACCCCCCGGGGCUGCAGCGAGCCCUAGCCGCACCGCUUGCCUGCAGGAGCUGUGUGCCGCUGACGGUGCGCCCCCGGGCGUGGUGCCUGUGCUCAGCGCGCACAGCCCCUCGGUGGGCAGCGAGUACUUCAUCCGGCUGGAGGAGCCGACGCCCGCCGCCGGCCACGACCCUGACUGCGCCGGCUGCACCCUCAGCCCCCAUGCCGUGGACCUGCUCCCCGAUGGUGGUGACCAGGACGAUGACUCGGAGGGCAGCGCGGCCACCUCGCUGGCCAUGGAGCCCCUGCUGGGCCAUGUGCCACCCCCCGAGGGGUCCUGGGGCCGCUGUGACUACCUGCAUGGGAGCUGUGCCCGAGAACCGUCCUGUCCUCUGAGCUCGCCUUCACCCGGGACCCUCGUGCUGGCGGAGCCCAGGGAGGAGGACGCCGACUGGGGCACGGCUGCCUUCUGCCCACCCUUCUUGGAGGACCCAGUGGGCACGUCCCCCUCGGGCGGGGAGGAGAUGGGGGCCACCGAGGCCUGCAGGGCCGCCCAGCCCAGACACUGGAGCUCCAACGUGUCCGCCAACAACAACAGUGGCAGCCGAGCACCAGGCUCCUGGGACCUGGGACACAUGGCUGGCUGCAUGGACUGCUGCCCUGGCCCAGAGCACACUUUACGGGCUGCCCCGGAGCUAGGCGGUCCCCUGGCCCUAGAGGACCCCACAGAGCCUCUCCUUGGGUCAAAGGGGGCCUCCUCUGGCCAGGAGCUAGGCCGCUGCUUUGGCCUUCCUCAUCUGUGUCCUGCUGAGGGCCUGGCACCGGCCAUCUGCCUGGUGACAUCCUCCCGGACAGAGGCAGCCAUUAGCCAGGCUAACAGCCCCCAGACAGAGCCCAGGCUUGCUGAGGAAGCUGAGGGCUCUGCCAGACCUCAGCUACCCCUUCCCUCUGUCCCAGCCCCAUCCCAAGAGGGAGCCCUGCUUCCUGCCGAGGCGGCCAGUGCCCUUGACACCCUGCCCGCCUUGCCCACGCCUGCUGGCAGCUGGGAGACUGCCACUGAGGCAGCCCAGACCCCAGACAGCUACAGGGUUUCCCCUGAGCCGGGGGCGCCCGUCAGUGAGGAUGAGGACAUGACAGAGGCCACUUCUGGUGUCUUCGCUGAUUUGUCCAGCGAUGGCCCACUGGCCGAGAAGCCAGACGUGACUCUGGCCUUCCGCUCUUUGCAGAAGCAGGCGGGGACCCCCGACUCUGGGGACUCCCUGGAUAUCCCACCUUCAGCCGGUGACGGUGGUGGCUGCGAGGUCUUCAGCCCAUCAGGUAUCGGCACUCCCGGCGGGCAGCCCCGAGCCCUGGACAGUGGCUAUGACACAGAGAACUACGAGUCCCCUGAGUUUGUGCUCAAGGAGGCACACGAGCCAUGUGAGCCUGAGGCCUGUGGGGAGCUGGUCUCCGAGGAGGACAGCCCUGGGCCCGAGACUCAGCUCUCCACCUCUCUUGGUGGCCUUGGCCAGAAGAACCCCUACCGUGACUCAGCCUACUUUUCGGACCUGGAUACAGAGCCUGACUGCACUUCGGGCCCCCAGGAGAAGGGAGGAGGUGACUUGACUUCCAGGCUAGAGCUGGACCUGGAGAGCUCUGGGCUGCAGGCCGCACAGCCCUCCCCUGAGUCUGGUGUGGCUGGGGGGACGCGAGGCACUGGUCCCAGAGAGGUGCUGCCCCUGCUGCCUGAGGACUUUUCUCCAGGGCCAAGUACAUGCCCAGAGGGCCCCAGACCGGACCCUCCCUGGCCCCAGGGCCCUGCCCAAGGGCCUCCAGUGCCCAGCCCCGGGGGUUCCAAGAUUUUCCUGCUGACCCCAGUCCCGCUGAGCUCAGAGAGCCACCUCCCUGAGCUCCAGGAGGCCCCAGUACUGCCGUCCGGACCUGCCCAGCGGGAACGGACAGGUAGCCCGGGUGCCCCCAGGACCCCACUCUGCCUGGCCCUGCCGGGACUGCCCGCAGCCCCGGAGGGCCGGUCGGAGGAGGAAGAGGAGGACAGCGAGGAGAGCGAUGAGUCGGAUGAAGAGCUCCGCUGCUACAGCAUCCAGGAGCCCAGCGAGGAGAGCGAGGAGGAGGCGCCUCCCGUGCCCGUGGUGGUGGCCGAGAGCCAGAGCGCGCGCAACCUGCGCAGUCUGCUCAAGAUACCCAGCCUGUUGUCGGAGGCCUUCUGCGAGGACCUGGAGCGUAAGAAGAAAGCCGUGUCCUUCUUCGACGACGUCACCGUCUACCUCUUCGACCAG